GCUAGUGUGUUGUCACUAAGCUGUUCAUUCUUUCCCGGUCCUAGCUUGUGUAUGUGUGCUGUUGUCCAGCCCAGGGCACCCACAGACCACCAUGAGGCUAUCACUGGCAUGUAUGUUCCCCAAGGAGAGCGCCUACGUUAGCAUACCCCUCUCUGGAGUCACCGUGGUCCUGUGUGCCCUCACCCUGCUCUUGGUGGCCCUCAAGGGCCGGAGUCGACGCUACCACCUCCUCCCCCAGCACCACCACCCUGGGGUCCCCCUCCCCCCGGGCCCCACGCCGUGGCCCCUGGUGGGCAACCUGCUCCAGAUGGGCGACCAGAUCCACCUGUCGCUGACCCGCAUGCGGGCGCAGUACGGCGACGUCUUCCGGCUGCGCCUGGGCUCGCUGACCGUGGUGGUGCUGAGCGGCCACGCCACCCUCCGCCGGGCGCUGCUGAGGCAGGGCGAGGCGUUCGCCGGGCGGCCCGACCUCUUCGCCUUCUCAGCGGUGGCCGACGGCGCCAGCAUGACCUUCAGCGAGGAGUACGGCCCCGCCUGGACACUCCACAAGAAGCUGUGCGGGAGCGCCCUGCGCUCCUUCUCCCAGGCCCGGCCCAGGGGCUCCGGCGCCACCUGCCUCCUGGAGGAGCACGUCUGCGCCGAGGCCAGCCGCAUGGUGGACGCCAUCCGGGCGCGUUCCGAGGUCGAGCGGGAGGGGGACGGCGCGGCGCUUUCUGGAAGCCUGGACCCGGUGGAUGCCCUGGUGACGUCGGUGGCCAACGUGGUGUGCGCCCUGUGCUUCGGGAAGAGGUACGACCACGGCGACGAGGACUUCCUCGCCGUGGUGCGCGUCAACAACGAGGUGCUGCGCAUCUUCGCAGCGGGGAACCUGGCGGACUUCUUCCCCGUGUUCCGCUACCUGCCCAGCCCCUCGCUGAGGAAGAUGGUCCAGCACAUCCGCCGGAUGAACGGCUUCAUGGAGAAGAACAUCGAGGAACAUCUGGGCACCUUCGACAAGGGCUCCAUCCGUGACAUCACAGACGCCCUGAUUGCUCUGUGCGAAGACAGACAGGAGGAGAAGGGAACGGCCACUCUCUCCAACUCCCAGAUCGUACACACUGUCGUCGACAUCUUCGGAGCGGGGUUCGACACCAUCAUAGCGGGUUUGCAGUGGAGCCUCUUGUACCUUAUCAAGUUCCCUGAGAUCCAGGCCAAGAUACACCAGGAGAUUGAUGAGCAUAUUGGCUCUGACAGGCUGCCUAGGUUUGCCGACAAACCCAAGAUGGCGUUUACAGAGUCGUUCAUCUACGAAGUGUUCCGCCACGCGUCCUACGUUCCCUUCACCAUACCUCACUGCACCACAGUUGACAUAACUCUCAAUGGAUACUUCAUCCCUAAAGACACCUGUGUUUUCAUUAACCAGUAUCAAGUCAACCAUGACACAGAGCUGUGGGGUGACCCGGAUGUGUUCCGCCCCGAACGCUUCCUGGACAGGGCGGGGCUUCUCAACAAGGACCUGACAGAGAAGGUCAUGAUCUUUGGCAUGGGGAAGAGGCGUUGCCUGGGCGACGGCUUUGCCCGGCUGGAGAUGUUUGUGUUCCUGACCACGCUGCUCCACCGCCUGAGGCUCCACAAGGUCCCGGGCCAGGAGCUGGACCUCAGCACCGACUUUGGCCUCACCAUGAAGCCCCGCCCCUACCGGAUCGGCAUCUCGUCCCGUGUUUAGGUCCGCUCCCCCCGUUCCCUCAACCCCCGCCACUCUCGGACAGUUGAUCCCAUAUGCAAUAUUAAGUGUGCAAUAGAAGGAUGAAGCAGCCAUAACCAAUCAUUGCUCCAAACACCAUCUACUACCUACAUCUGUUAUCAAAGGGAACGUCAGUAUCAAGAAUUUUUUUAUAGAAAAUGAUAUAGAAUGUGAAGAGAAUAGGGUUUGUUUGUAGAUAAGAUAUUUGUAUCGAAGAUGCUUGAGAAUAAUGUCUUCGUGUGAAGUACAUUACAUGUUUUGUUGUCAUUUUGUGUUCGUUUUUCUGGGGGGGCAUGUAUGCUUUAUUGGGAUAGAGACAGUGUAAGGUCACCAGACCCCAGGUCAACGUGGGGAAGGACACGCAGGAGAUGGCCCGGGGGAGAAUCGAGCCCAGGCCCCUGCAUUAGGGCCUCAGCCUGCGGGGUACGCGCUCUCGGCCGAUGAGCUAACGGGGCGCCCCCCCCCCCCCCUUUUGUGAUAUUAGUGAGUUAACAAAAAAGUUUAGGUAGAACUUUACCCAUAGAGUUCAUUCCCAGUGUUAUUGUGAGGAUUACUGCUCAGUCACUCCAUCUUCUGUUCAGUGGAACCAGUUGAAAUUAAUCUGAAAUUAAUCUGAAGUCCAAUUAUUAAUGACGGUGUAACGCUCCAGUAGGGAGAGAGGCUGCGUCGUCACAGAUAAGUGACCAGGAGCCUCAGGCGCCUUUGCAGCGUUCACUCAAAGUUCAGCCACACCCAACUCCCUCUUUCCCUCCCUCCUUCCAUCCUUCCCUCCCUCUCUCUCUCCCU